AUGAAAGAGCAACUCAUUCCCUUCAUAGAGCGCUCUAACUCCACGGAUCACUACAAAGCCGAAACAAGUCUAGUUAUGAAACAUCUGAUACUGAUGGUUUAUCUCGCUGAAGCGCUGGUUGGAGUUGGAACUUCUUUGUCUAACGAUAGUGCCAUUGCUGGCAUAAAAGCGGAUCAAGUGCCAGAUGUGUAUCUCCCAGAAGAAGAAAGGCAACGCGCAGCUGCUAUAUUACCUGCUGCUAUAGUAUCUAUAGUACUGCCUUUAGCAAAAGGUGCUGGUGUUAUUGCAAAAGGUGCACCUGCUAUAAAAAAAGGUUUCAAAGUGUUUUUGAAGCAUGCCAAUGAUGCACUGGAUCUUGUUAGGAACGUGUUCCAGGAAAUUUCCGAUUUCUUUGCCGAUUUCUUCACGAACGAUGGGUAGAUAUUCACGGUCGAAUCCGACCUAUAUGUAAACAGCAAAC